GGGCAAGCGCUGUUCGCGUGCAUGUGUGUGUGUGUGUGUGUGUGUGUGUGUGUGGAUGAUUCAGCAGACAGUCAGUCACACUGCAGCUCGUCCUCUGUGCCACAUGGGCAACACAAACAGAUUUCAGGCGAAAACAAAAACGGCUUUUAUUUUGAUAAUCACCUUUUAACGGUCGGUGAAACCCGUGCAGGUGACCCUUGUAUGUGGGAGACCCCGUAGUACUCGAUUCGUGUGUGGUUGUUACAGGCCGGAGAGCAGCAACCAAAGCCCCGCAGAGAAACGGUCGUUUCGUACCUUCUCGGAUCUCCCCGUGGAUUUGAUCAAUAUUUACAUUAUUUAUCAGGACUUUUAUCGCCUGCUGUCGUUCCUCAGACUGUCUUUCGUUGGAUUUAACCCAAACUAACCCUAACUGACAUCCAGCUGCUUUCAUUCAAACAUCUCAACUUCUACAUUUCCGCAUUUUGACGUCUGAUGCUGCGUCUACCCGGCAGCUCCUCGUGCCCAGUGUCUCCAUGGUGAAGUGGGCGGGGUCUGAUGUCGGCCCCCGCUCUUGAGGACCGUCCCGCCAUGCCCACCAUGGUUUCUCGGCUACCUAAAUUCGGCUCGCGCCCCAAAUCUUCAACUCUCUCCAACGGCGCUCCAAUGGGCCAGACAGCCGCUGUGCAGAGCGCCGGCACCCGCCUCACCAACGGCUUCUACCACCACCCGGGCCCCGUGGGGGGCAACGCCACAACCGCACCCCCUGCCGCCGUUAAGCACAACGGCUUCAUCAGAGCGCCGACGGCGAUUUCCGUGAAAUGGAGGAAAGAGAAUGAGACGGUCGAGGUGGAGGAAGGAGGCGAGAGGGAGAAGGGAAAGGGAAAGGGCGGGAGUUAUUCCCAACGGCAGCCGGGCUCGCCGGUCAAAAAGACGGCCGCGCUUCCUGCAGGAAAGGGGCGUGGUUUUGGUUUUUCUGUGACAACUUCCUCAUCAAGAACACUUCCUGUGUCUAAAAGUGGAUCUCAAAGUGCGUUCGGGCUGAACAGCGGCACAAAACCGACGCUGAACGGAACUUUCUCGGGAUCCAAACUCCGGAGUGGAUCUCUGAGACAGCCUCAGAGCUUCGGUCCUGGUCCUGGUCCUGGUCCCGGCUCUCGUUCUGGUUCCCCCCUCCAAAAGAAGAAGCCGCCGGCCAGCCGCUCCCAGUCCAGCGACAGCCUCAGCUCAGCAGGGCCCGUCCCGCUCACCGAGAGCGAUCGCUUUCGCUCACGUAGCCUCACGCAGGUCCGACGCCAGCCCUCCCCGACCCUCACCCCUUCUUCCCCCUCUUCUUCAAUCUCUCGCAUCAGGGCUGCCGGGCGAGGAGCGCCCUUCGCUCACGCUCCACCCAAAAGCAGCUUGGCGAAACCUGUUCCUGAGACCGGAGGGGUCAAAGUUAAAAGUUCUGCGUCUGUAGGAAGGUCCGGGAUCAGCGUCCCGUCCCUCCUGCCCCCCUCCGCCUUAAAGAAGCCCCUCCUACCCAGCCUGGGCCCGGCCUACAAGCCCAGCGGCAUCAGCUACAAGCUGUCGCGGCCGUCACUCAUCAAGCAGCCCCGCCCCCUCAGAGUGACCGCGACCAAUGAGACGGCAGGGGAACAGGAAGUGAGCCAAGGCCAGGCAGCGCGGAGAAACUCCGUAGAGACGCCUUCUACCACGGAGAACAGCCCGGAAAGUACUCCGGAGGCUCCAGAGCCAGAGGGGCUGUCGGCAGAGCCAGCAUCCCAGGGAGAUGUGUCGAUUGUGGGGGAGAUGCUGGAGGACAUGUCCCUGUCCUCCAACUCGUCUCUGGACAGAAACGACACCAGUCAGGAGUAUAUGGAUGACUUUGACAACCUCGGAAACGGAGGGGUAGGCAUACUGCUUCUCUCCUCUAAAAACGAGGAAGACGACUCGGGGCUCGACCAAUCGUGCGCCAGGCUUGAUGAAGACAAGGUGGCUGUCUACGGUGUCGCCAAGGCGACGGGACUCUGUUUCCUGGACGAUGGGAUGGACUGGGCCGACAUGGGACUCGGGGGUGAGCAGGGGGAGCAUCGUCUGACCCGACUCCAACAUCGGAGACAUCCCAGUCAGCAGGAGUACCACGAGCAGGGCGGGUCGUCUCUGGACCUGUCCCCCUCAGACAGCUGUGGCUCUGGGGGAACCUACCUGUGGGACGAGGAGGGUCUGGAGCCUCUGGGGGGCGGAGCCACCAACGCCUCCACACACAGCAACGCUAACACCACCCAUCACAUCGGCAGCUUCGACUCAGACCUCAACAGCAUCGACGUCUUGAACAACUUGGACUCUUGUGAUCUGGAUGACGAUGACCUUAUGCUGGACGCAGAUCUCCCGGAAGAUGCAUCGCUGCACAGCGACGGAGACGGGAUAGCCCACAUGGCUCAGUGGAGGAUGAGACAGCUCUGCUGGGGAACACAGGACAUCCACAGUGAAAACGAAAGUGAUUUCCAGUGCUUCAAGCUAACUGAGGAUCCUGGGAAUAAGAGGAGGGACACGACCGGGGACAGCGGCCUGAUUCUGGACCUCUGUCCUCCAAGGUCUCCCAGCCUGUCUCCCGGUACUCCUGGUUUGGGUCUGGAUGUGGAGGAAAUGGCUGAAGACUGUUCUGCCGUUCGAUCCCAGCUGGAGUACCUGCAGAGGAUACUGCUGCAGGAGGAGGAUGUGGACGAAGACACUCUGACCACAGACACUCUGCUGAGUCCUGACGCAGACCACUCCUCCCACAGCUCCGACACGCAGGUGCAGGCUCUCCUGCAGGAGGUGCAGCAGCUCCGAGAGGAGCUGAGAAGCCGAGACCGGACCAUUACUCAGCUCACCCUACAACUGGCUGUUCCCACGCUGACCACCAGGUGUCGCUGCCAGGAGGCGACAGGAAGGAUGGACCGACACACGCAGACUAGCGUGGCGGAGAGAGAGAGCGUCGCCUCGCAGACGCCCUGGAGAGAGCACACUGCUUUCCCUCCUGUUCCUUUCCUCUCUCCACCCUGGCAGUAUCAGCGCUCCCGGCCCUACAGGGUGAGGCCGAAGCCCAGCAUCCCCUCCCACCUCGCUAGAAAAAGAGUGGAGAACUUAGUGCUCUACUUCAGUGACACAGCGUGGUACGGUACACUCUUUUCUUAUCUUCCUUCAUCCUCCUCUUCCUCUGUCUCCUGAUCCCUCCCUCCCAUGAGACCCGUA